UGUGGUCGAAGCGGAAGUGGAGGAAAUUGAGGAGGUGGAGAAUUGGAGGGCCCCGAUCUUAGAGGAGUUGAAAGGGGGAACGAUAAAGGCGAUGAGGAGAUUUUUUGAACAUGGAGGCAUUCUUUACAAACGGUCGUACGCGGGACCGCAUCUGCGUUGUGUUACUAAGGAGAAAGGUCGAUAUGUGCUGAGAGAAAUGCACGAGGGAUGCUGCAGUGAUCAUUGUAAGUCAGAGGCCUUGGUUGCAAAGAUUUUGAGGGCAGGAUAUUUCUGGCCGACGAUGAGGGAGGAUGCAAAGGUAAUGGUGAAGAAAUGCUUACAAUGCCAAAAGCACGACCCCCUUAUUCACCAACCGGCAGAAGCAAUGAUGACGAUGGGUGCCUCUAUACCAUUCGCCCAGUGGGGUAUCGACCUGGUGGGUCCGAUGCCUCAGGGAACGGGGCAGAGGAAGUUCUUGAUAGUGGCGGUUGAAUAUUUCACAAAGUGG